CUGGUCUGAUGAUGAAGAUGAUGAUGAAGAUGAUGAUGAAGGUGAUGGUGAUGACCGGCGGGUCCGGUUUCAUCCCUGCAUCCGUGCGCGUGCACGCGUUUAUGUAACAGCUGUGCGCGCGCCUGAGCACAGAUGACAGCUGAUUAGUGACGUCAGCAGAUACCGAGCCGGAACCGGGAACAAAGCAGCCGGUCCCGAGAAGAACCGUCCCAGCAGACUGAUCCUGCUCCUGAGCACGUCGGCAGGACCGCGGCCCCGGGACUCCAGCAGAGGAGGAACCGGUUCUGGUGCUGAAGCUGCGGAUCAAAGUCCCGGUGGAAACAUCACUGAGGUAACGGAUCCAGAUCCGGAGGACUCCAGCUCCCAUCAUGCCCGAGCAGAGCAACGACUACCGGGUGGUGGUGUUUGGAGCCGGCGGGGUGGGGAAGAGCUCGCUGGUGCUGCGGUUCGUUAAAGGCACUUUCAGGGACACCUACAUCCCCACCGUGGAGGACACCUACACCCAGGUGAUCAGCUGUGAUAAGAGCGUGUGCACGCUGCAGAUCACCGACACCACAGGGAGUCACCAGUUCCCGGCCAUGCAGCGGCUCUCCAUCUCCAAGGGCCACGCCUUCAUCCUGGUCUUCUCCAUCACCAGCCGCCAGUCGCUGGAGGAGCUCAAGCCCAUCUACCAGGAGAUCCUGGCCAUCAAGGGCAGCGUGGAGGCCAUUCCCAUCAUGCUCGCGGGCAACAAGAGCGACGAGACGGCGCAGCGCGAGGUGCAGGCGCGGGAGGGCGAGGCCCAGGCCUCCACCUGGAAGUGUGGCUUCAUGGAGACGUCGGCCAAGACCAACUCCAACGUGACGGAGCUGUUCCAGCAGCUGCUGGCGCUGGAGACGCGGCGGGACAUGAGCCUGAGCAUCGACGGGAAGCGCUCGGGGAAGCAGAACCGGGCCGCGCAGCUGAAGGCCAAGUGCAGCGUCAUGUAGCGCCGGGUGGGGGACGACCGGGAGGAAGACUGCAGCCCCCCCGUCCGUCUGGACGCUGAAGCCCAGUCGAACAAGAUGUGAGGAAGGUACCGAUGACAGGGAGCGUGCCGGUACAGCUGAGCUCCAGCCGGGUCGUUCUUCUGCUCCCAAAUACUCGUGUAGACGCCAGCUAGCCAACUAGCACCCUGAACCGCUACGCUAACGCUGUUAGACCUGGUUCUAAAGAUCGGACCAAAGAUACUCUAUACAGAAGAUAGCGCAUUACUGUUUCUACCAAUGGUUUGAAAUGGUCUACACUUCCUGUCUCCUAAGUGGGCGUGGUCGCCCCUCUCCCCACAUCGUUUUGGAAGACUAUUGUCUGUUCAUGUCAAAACAAUACAACAUACAACACUAGAUACAGUACAACUUUAAUAUUUGCACCUUAUUUUGCCGCUCGUUUUUUUUAUCCGCUACCUUAAUGUCUAUCAACCCAGUACAAGAUCCUUCCAAAAAGACUGAUGUCGUUGGAGAGUUCUGGAGUCUAACAUCCAUGUGGUUCUCUCUUAUUUCCUCUUCAUCUCCCUUGGCAUUAUUCCUCGCCUUCAGCAUCCAUCGCAGUUAUCUGAUGCAAAUCAGGCGAUGAUGUCAUUUAGCGGCUUUUAGGUCGCCCAAUAACUGCUUUCCUUACUGGGGGGGUUUAGACGUCAUUGAUUCGUCUCUUCAUUCCGCCACCACCCUCCAGCGGUGCGUUCAGAGAUCCCAUGAAGGCGCUACGCCACCUCAACACAGUCCUCUCCUCCCCUACGCGGUGCGCUUUGUCCCACGCCAGUGAAGAAGAAGUUCCUCCGGUCUCCACCCGUCCGACCGUCAUGGACACAAACCUGCUGCUGUUGGUCUUUUCUUCGCCGCCAGUAUCUUUCUCGUCACACCGACUCCGAAUGUGCGGGCGACACGCCGGGCCGUCCCUCGCCAUCCCUGUUUUUAGAGAGAAAUACCUUACAAUGCAUGUUGUGGGACAAAGUAAAGAGGUGAGCAGUUUUUCCCAUAAGGCCUCAGCUCAGC